AUGGCGUGGGGAACGCUUCCGGUAUACGACUCCAGUGGGAGACCAACGAGUGGGCUCCCUGGAGAAGCAAUUUGGAAAGGCGUUUGCGUUCCGCUUCUUUUCAUCGCUGGAGAGUCUGAUCAGGUUACCAAAGCAACUGAGGUAUCAAAACUUCUAGAAUAUUUUGGAGUACCCUCGAGCUUUUAUAAACCGGAGAUUGGGGGGGAGGGUGACAUGCCAUCGAGACGGAGUCCCCUUCUGAAGGGCCCAGCUGAUGGCAUUCCAGGAUCUUCGAUACUCGCCAGUUCCUACAUACCAGCAGUCUCACAUAGGGAACCCUACUCUAAGGAGAAAGCAAAUGUUAAAGCCUUUAUAUUCCCCAGUCCGGCCUCCCAUGCACUUCCAUACGACCGUGCUACCUACCGGGCUCUGUCCGGUCUGAUCCAAGAUUUCCUUUGCAAUUACACUGACUCGCGUUUGUCUAUCGGGUGGCAAUUAAAGCAUCUCACUACUUCAGGGAAAUGGGAUGUCAAAAACCUUGCCAAAUGGAAAGCAGUGGCACCGGUUUCAAACCCGGUAGGAAACACAUUCUUCGCGUUGAAAACACUGCGUGAGCUAGACGAAGAACAUUCGCCGCUCCCAUUCGUGCAAAAGUGGAAGUCACGCAUCUUUGCUAUCAUUGACAUAAGCCAUGAGAGCCCCAUAUAUAACCCGACUCAAUUGGAUCAAGGUGGAAUCCAAUAUCACAAACUGCCAACGGUGUCGAAGAUCCCCCCCACGAUUGAUGAAGUGCGUGACUUCGUUGCCUUGGUGGAUCGCCUGGAAGGAGAAAUAUCGGCUCGGAUAAGGGACGAAGGGAUUAACGGCCGCCCUCGCCCGCUCAUCGGCGUCCAUUGCCAUUACGGGUUCAAUCGAACGGGAUUUUUCCUCACUUCAUAUCUCAUUGAACGAAAAGGAUUCACGAUCGAGGAAGCUCUUGAGGAGUUCAAACGGUGCAGGCCACCUGGAAUACGUCAUCCACAUUUUAUUGAUACCUUAUUUGUACGAUACUGCGCAGGGCUUCGAGGAGAUUUGGGGCUUUGA